GGACAACGGGCGUCGCCGGCGCCGUGUGACUCGGGGCUGUGGGCGCGCUCGCGGUCGUUCGGCCAUGGUUUUCUCAAACAGUGAUGAAGGCCUUAUUAACAAAAAGUUGCCCAAAGAACUUCUCUUAAGAAUGCUGUUCAGCUUGUUGUUAAAUUUUACUUGGUCUAAUCCAGAAUGUACUAAGUAUGUACAUAGCAUUGGUCUGGAUUCUUUUUGUAAUGUGGUCCAAAGGAAGAGAAAAGAAAUAAUGGUGCAUAAAAGUGUUGAAGAAAUAAUGUCCCCAAAUUUUUCAAAUGUGAUGACAGACAACCCAUGGAUUUAAGAAGCUCAGUGAAUUCCAAAAUAUUUUCCUUCUUGGACAUAGUAACUUUGUGCCGAUGUGCACAGAUUUCCAAGGCUUGGAACAUCUUAGCCCUGGAUGGAAGCAACUGGCAAAGAAUAGAUCUUUUUAACUUUCAGACAGAUGUAGAGGGUCGAGUGGUGGAAAAUAUCUCGAAGCGAUGUGGUGGAUUCCUGAGGAAGCUCAGCUUGCGAGGCUGCAUUGGUGUUGGGGAUUCCUCUUUGAAGACCUUUGCACAGAACUGCCGAAACAUUGAACAUCUAAACCUCAAUGGGUGCACAAAAAUCACUGACAGCACGUGUUAUAGCCUUAGCAGAUUCUGUUCCAAGCUGAAACAUCUGGAUCUGACCUCCUGUGUGUCUAUUACAAACAGCUCCUUAAAGGGUAUCAGUGAGGGCUGCCGGAAUCUGGAGUACCUGAACCUCUCUUGGUGUGAUCAGAUCACAAAGGAUGGCAUCGAGGCGCUGGUACGGGGCUGUCAAGGCCUAAAAGCCCUGCUUCUGAGGGGCUGCACACAGUUAGAAGACGAAGCUCUGAAGCACAUUCAGAAUUACUGCCAUGAGCUUGUGAGCCUCAACUUGCAGUCCUGCUCACGCAUCACGGAUGAAGGCGUGGUGCAGAUAUGCAGGGGCUGCCACCGGCUGCAGGCCCUCUGCCUUUCAGGCUGCAGCAACCUCACGGACGCUUCUCUCACAGCCCUGGGUCUGAACUGCCCGAGACUGCAAAUUUUGGAGGCUGCCCGAUGCUCCCAUUUGACUGAUGCAGGCUUUACACUUUUAGCUCGGAAUUGUCACGACCUAGAGAAGAUGGACCUGGAAGAAUGCAUCCUGAUAACCGACAGCACACUCAUCCAGCUCUCCAUUCACUGUCCUAAGCUGCAAGCCCUGAGCCUUUCUCACUGUGAGCUCAUCACAGACGAUGGGAUCCUGCACCUGAGCAACAGCACCUGUGGCCAUGAGAGGUUGCGGGUACUAGAGUUGGACAACUGUCUUCUCAUCACUGAUGUGGCUCUGGAACAUCUAGAGAACUGCCGUGGCCUGGAGCGCCUCGAGCUGUACGACUGCCAGCAGGUCACCCGAGCAGGCAUCAAGCGAAUGCGGGCUCAGCUCCCCCAUGUCAAAGUCCAUGCCUACUUUGCUCCUGUCACCCCACCAACAGCAGUGGCAGGAAGUGGACAGCGACUGUGCAGGUGCUGUGUUAUUCUCUGACAGCCAGCUGCCCAUGCCUGAGGGGUGAUGAGGCAUCUCUUCUUGCAGAGAAGACCAGUCUUCACGAUUACUCCGUCAUCACCCAAAUCUCUUGCUUCUCCACUGGGAAAGGCAUUUACAGGUAAAAGCCUUCAGUAUGGAUUGGAGUAACUCUGGUGAUAGCGUUUCACCUUUAUUUUGCUGUGAUGCAAUCAAAUCAAGACUUUGUGUCCAUUAACAUGUGGCAAGAGUGGUCUCAAUGCAGCCAAGAUCACAUAAGAAACCUGGAUCCCUUACGAGGUGGGUACCUUUCUCGGUACAAAAGUCCUACCCGUGGCUUUAUCAGCGUUCCUCAGACAGACCAUCAGUGUUAGCACAAAUUGAGCAGAAAAAUAUAACCUGUCAAUUUUCUACCUGAUCCUUAAGCCAGUGGCCUACUUUAAUCCACAGUAAUUGCAUUUUGAUUAGCUGGACUUUCCACUUUGAAGAUGAAAUAGCAAUUUUAUCAAAGUGACCAUAAUGCAAAUUCACAAUACCUAAAUAGUUUUAUAUGUAGAAAUUCAUGUGGAAGGCAUAAUAGGUUUCCAUGAGACACCAAAGAAACGAGGACUCUAAACUGGGUGAAGCCGGGUCUUCGCCUUUGUCAGUCUGUCAUAUCCACCUCCAGGGACCAAAAACUAAACAAAAGCAACCAGUUUGUGUUGCCUGGUUGGAAAUUACAAGCUCUGGUAUAUGCUACAGCACAUAAUGCAUUUUUGGUAUAGGAAAAAAGCUAAUUUCUUCCACACUUCUCACCAACUAUGGGGGAUCCUAAAAAAACAGAAAUUAAGGCUUAAGUUAUUUUAGUAUAAUCAAUUAAAAAUAAUAGAUGCAUGUAGAAUGGAUGUGACUUUUUUUUUAAGUUUAUUUUUAAAUUUUAGAAAUCAGGUUACACCAGAACUAUUCAAAAAUUUUACACACUUAAAACUUGGAUCAGUAAAGUGUUGGCAUCUCUUGGACUCGUAGUAUAAAAAUGAAUGAACCAUUGCAAUGCCUAAUUCAGAGGGUUUUAUUGCUAUUUUAUGGCAGAUAAAUCUGAGUAAAACUGUUUUCCAAAUUCAGACCUCCUUACUGUUAACUGAAAUAAGACAUGCUGUAGCUGAUUCUUGCUCUGUACUGUCCACAUCUGUGAUCUUUAUUGAAGAUUAGGAACCCAUCACCACCUUCACUGUGAACCUAAGUGUCAAUGGCAGCUGACCCUUGCAACCACUUCCAAGAACUCAUGUGAGGAGAGGAAAAAAAAUGUUUUCUAUGCUUUUAUGGACAAUUAUAAAAGCAGUUUUAAGGGGACAAGUGCCUCAGCUGCAUUCAAAGUGAGAUGGCAGAUGAAUACUUACCCCCAAAAAGUGACUUAGCAAGACUGAAUAAGCAUUAAAGUACUGAGUAUUUUAUUGCUUUGAUAUACUCCAGUAUUCCCUGGUUAUAUGAAUGCCAUAGCAGUUAUUUAUAUAUACAUUUGCACCACUGUUGGGGGUGGAGGGCGUAACUGAUGCAGGAAGCCAUUAAAAUGAACAAACGAGCAUGAAACAGACUUGCUGAAAUGAUUAGUUUAUAAUUUUAGGGCUGGGACUGCUUACCUGGGAAUGUGUGAGGCCCUGUCCUCAGCACUGAAGGAAAAUUUUUUUAAUGACCAGAGACUGCCAUACAUGAUCUCUUGAUACAACCUCUCACUGCUGUUGGACUUGAUGCUCGAUGACCCAUGACCUCAUUUAUAAAAAGAGGGGAACCUCAUGUGAGAAAACCGGGUUUGCUUCCUCUGUAAAGAACAGUUCCUAGAAUAACCUGUCCUUAGUUUUGAUGAAAAAACCUAUAGGAGCCUAGCCUCUUUACAACAUUUAUUCUGGGGUAUGCGCAGGACAGUGACCCCACCUUUGAUUCUAUGACUACUGCUUGAGGUGAAACUAGCAAGAACUUGAGAUUUUAAAUGAGACACGUUUGCAAAACAAUCGGAAAACAUUUAUUGUACUGAAAUGUGUACAUCCUACUAUUAAAAAAACAAAGUAGCAAAUUUGCUGGUGCCAUAAUUUAUUUAACCUGUUUUACUGGGACAGACUAACGGUCAAUGCCACUCAGUAUAAUUUCAAGUUUGAUGAGCUUGUAUUUUACCCCACUUCUAAAACCUGAUGAAUUUAAAAUAGCACACAGCAUUAAAUUGACAUUUAUUGUUCCAUAAAUCAUGAGACCCAAAGGAAUGCUAAAUAGACAAGCAAAACUCUAAUAAAACAACUGAGAAACUUGCUUCUUUCAGAACCAAGUGACUGGUACAGGAAACGUGGUCACAAAAGCAAAGGGAGAAGGACAGAAAGGAAAGCUCUCCUCCUGUGGCCUAUAGGAGUAACAUAUUUCCAAACCUAAGAUGAAAAUAAUGAGCCAGUGCUUCUUUGUAGCAAAUAAUUAACCCCUUUAUGAAUAAAACCAAAGGCCAAAGUUUUGACCUACUGAAGUCAUUUGUCUUCUGGGAGAGAUUUCACACUUACAAUUAAUCAUUCCUAUUUCCACCUGAACAAAGACGAGGAUCAAACGGUACAUUCAAGCCAAAAAAGCUUAGUAAACAUAAGCUGUAAUUGAAAGGUUUAAAAAUUCAAUCUGCUACACCACGGGCCUCAAAAAUGCUUGUUGAUGAAUUCUGGGAAGGCUCUGAGUAAAGGGAGAAGCAAAAGAAGAAAACAGAGGAUUCCCUUUGGGGGGGGGAGUAUGCUAGCAAACUCUUUAUGAAAGAUGCACACUUUAAGAAAAAGUCACUGUGUGGUUAUUAAAAACCUCUCAAUCACCAGAAUGUUUAUUCAUGAUUGUACAUCUGAGAAGAGACAAAGGGAUUUUUUUUUUGGUACAUUUUAGUGUUAGAUUUAUGAUAUCUAGUGUUUCCAUGAAUGAUUUCAUCUUGUUCAUAACAAAGAUCCCUUAACACCAAGUCAGAAGCUACCAACAAUAAAACUUUGUGCCCCCUACCUACAUCAACUAUUUCCAAUGUCUGGGGUAGGUCUUUAAAAAUGCUUAAGGACAGGAGGGCAUGGGGUGGAGAAAGAAGGAAAUGAGAAAGAAAACGAGGUUUAAAAGGCAAGGAAGCUUCAAAAAAUGAAAACCAGAAACUAAAAUGCUAAAAUUGGAAGCAGAGGCAAAAAAGUUUUUCAAUAAAUCUGUGACAAAGCAAAAACACAAGUCUUUGUACCUAUUAGGAUUUACACUGAUCCUCUCAACAAGGUACUCCUGAUAAUGCAGUUUGCUUCACGCCCAUCUUCCUGGCUUGGAUCCUCUCCAGUCUGGCAUGAUCAUUUCAGACCUAAACCCUUAGACAUGAUUUCUCCCGAGGUGCCGAGCCUCUUACCUGACCACCACCACCACAUCAGCACAGUCCAUCUCUCUGCUGAUGGAUUCCUUUCUGGCUCCACAAUAGCACUGUCCC